AUGAGCUGUGCAGAGUCUCCCAAAUCAGGACAUGAGUGCUCUGGGGUCUACUUUGCCACUGGACUCCAGGAACCAGAAAAGGCAGCUGUGCACAAACGCAGUCCCAAGGUGUUGGAGGCGCUACAAAAGCUGAACAUCCAAGCUGACCAGGCUCCAGUCAUUGCUGUCUUAGGCUCUGGUGGGGGGCUGCGGGCCCACAUUGCUUGUCUUGGUGUGCUGAGUGAGAUGAAAGCACUUGGCCUGUUGGAUGCUGUCACAUACCUCGCAGGGGUCUCUGGGUCAACUUGGGCACUGUCUUCAUUCUACACCAAGAAUGGAAAUAUGGAAGGGAUGGAAGAAGAGCUGAAACAUCGGUAUGAGACUAAUGAGUGGGACUUUGAUGAGAGCCUGAAGAAAGCCAUUGAGGCAUCAAGGAGGGAUAAUUACUCCCUGACUGACUUUUGGGCCUAUUUGAUUGUUUCGAGGCAAAUCAGAGAACUUCAGGAUUUGAAUUUGUCCAGCCUAAAGAAGCAAGUGGAAGAAGGAAUGCUGCCUUAUCCCAUCUUUGCAGCCAUUGAUGACGACCUUCAGUGUGAUUGGAGGGAGAGAAAAACUCAGAAUUCCUGGUUUGAAUUCACUCCUCAUCAUGCUGGGUACCCUGCACUUGGGGCUUAUGUCCCCAUCACAGAGUUUGGAAGCAGAUUUGAGAAUGGAAAACUGGUUAGAUCUGAGCCUGAGAGAGACUUGACUUUCCUGAGAGGUUUAUGGGGAAGUGCUCUUGCUGAUUUUGAAGAAACUAAGAAAUAUAUUUUUAACAGUUUAAAGGACCUGUCUUCACAAUCGAGGAAGGAACAUCCACUUAUGGGAAAAUGUCAGAUUAUGAAAGCAGGGGCUGGAACAGUGACAUACUCAGAAGCACCAAGGAUGGAGGUGGAUGAAAUGCUCUUGGAUUUAAUGAUGGCUUGUGUCAUGGAUCAGAAUGAUCCCAGCAUCAAGGAUAAGCUCUGUGCCCUUCAGCAGGCUCUGGGUACUGAGAAAGAUGAGUUUGGCAAAGAGAUGGCUGAGAUCAUCCAGAGUUGGAAUGAGACCUCCCUAGAGAAGAAGCAGCAGUUUGUGGACCAUCUGUUGGAUUACUUCAAGAAGACACAAGAGCCCAUCAAAUACAGUUUGAAGAACCAGGUCAAGGGUUUAUUCUGGGAUACUUUAACUUUUCUGAGCAAAACGUUAAUGAACUUAUGGAGGUGGGAGUGGGGAAGUGUUUAUAACUUCCUCUAUAAACAUGGUAACAUUGAAGAUGAGACCAUGUAUAGCCGGGAGUUUCUCCAUCUGGUGGACGCUGGUUUGGCCAUCAAUACUCCUUACCCACUUGUUCUGCCUCCUGUACGUGAAGCUCACCUCAUCCUCUCAUUUGACUUCAGUGCUGGGGACCCAUUUGAGACCAUCAGGGCCACAGCAGACUACUGCCAACGCCAUGACAUCUCCUUUCCUGAAGUGAGCGACGAUCAGCUGAUGGAGUGGGCCAAAGCCCCAAUGAGCUACUACAUACUCAGAGGGGAAACAGGACCUGUUGUCAUGCACUUUACUCUGUUCAACAAAGACAACUGUGGAGAUGACAUUGAGAUGUGGAGAAAAAAAUAUGGGACAAUGAAACUAUCUGACUCAUACACACCAGACCUGGUGACAGAUUUGCUGAGGGUAUCCAAGGAAAAUGUGCAGAAAAACAAAAUUAAUAUCCUCAAUGAGAUGAGGAAAGUGGCUGAGAAACCUGGGAACUUCCCAAGGGUGAACAAGGAGGCCGGCUUGAGAGACACAGUGCAGGAUGUCCAAGGCUCUCGGACUAUGGAGAUCAAGAUAUCCCACAACAUACACAAAGAUUAACGAUCUCUUGUACUACUUAAAGAGUUGGUAUGUAUUAAUGGACCGAUCACCUUUGCUUUCUCCAAAGUCCACCAUCAACUGUCGAACUGCAGUUUCCAGGGCACUGUGGACCUACUACCUUAUCAGAAUCCAAUUGUCAACUUGGCCUUGAUAUUUUCUGUUCCCUUCAACUAUGCCACUCACAAAAUUGAGUUUGCCUUAGCUAUUAUAAUUGAGCCAAUCUCCAGAGACCUGGAGAGAAUCUUUGACAACAUCAUUCAGGGCAUUGAGUCGCCUGAGUUAAAAGGGCAAACGGUGAUCUUCAGAUGUCCCAGAGACCCUAACAUUGGAACAUGACUUUCUAAUCAUCAAAUCCGCCAUGUAUGUUUAAUAUCCAUGUGGCUAAAAUGAAUUUAGUGAUUGAAAGCAACACCUCUAAAACAUUUGUCUCAUUCUCUAACUUGUCAUUUUAUACUCAUGUCUUACUCAGUUUUGUUCUAUAAAAGAAGAGCUCUUAGCAUAAAUCAUGGUCUAUCUCUGCAGAGCAAAACAAAUCAAAACAACAAAACAACAACAAAUAAAAACUCUAAGAGGAGAAAUAUAAGUGCUUGCUCCUUUACUAACAGAUUGAUGAUGCAUUUAUUAGUUCCUCACCGUCUCCUGCAUUCUGUGUCACCUCGAUGCAUCGUUUUAUUCCUCUGCUUCACACCAUGCUGUUGUGGCUUGCAUUCUCUCUCAGGAUCUUCCCUUCUAUCUGUUUCAGGAUGAUACUUACCUUUCUUGUCUUGUCUGCUGCCUCAGUGCCUCCUUCUUGCUUGCCUACUUCCUCUCCUUUCCAUACUGUCCAUGUGUUACUCAGUGGUCAUGCUUAAAGGAUCUUUUCUGAUUUAGAUUCCACAGUCUGUUCAUAGUCAAGUUCCUUCACGUGCGUGCCUUACUUUAAUCAUCUGUGGAAUAGAUGUGCAUUGUGGUUGUGCCCUGGUCCUAAGACCUUAGACCUGCUCCGGUACAGAGAAGUUUUCAAGAAGCAUUUCUCAUUUCUCA